AUGGACGAAGAUGUAAUAAAACAUCGUUUAAACAUAAUCGACAGCGGGAAACUCUCGGAAUUAGAACCCAUCCAGAGCAACUGCAGUAUCACCAGUGGCGGGUGGUCGGCUGAGGGGGAUUUUCUAAACGUCAAAUAUCGGGGAGGGGGGAUUUUUCAACAAAAUCUUGAUGACUGGGGGAGGUUUCAACAAAAUCUUUUAACUGGGGGAAAUAAAACAAAUGAUUCUCAAACUAAAAAACAGUCAGCUGGUAGAAAAUAUUUAAGUGAUGGGGAAGAUUUGUUAUUGAAAGAGAUUUCCAGUGAAAUUACGAACGAAAUUGCUUCACCAGAAACUAUCGAGGCUACUGUGCUGGCACCGGAUACAUCACCAGGUGAAGGAAAGAACAAUGAAAAAGUGGGGAGAAAUAUUAAACAUUCAAGCGUUGAAACUAGCUCAGCAGAACAGAGAAAAGUGAAAAAAAGAAAGAAACUAAAACCUCUUGCCAAGAGCGUGAACGACACGAAAGUUGAUAAAAUGAUCGCUACAUUAUACGAGCCGGUGAAAUGCAUAGCAGCAGACCAACCUCUGCCCAGCCAGUUCAAGAUAAACAUCCAACUUCUUUUCACACCACCCAUCAUAAAUGUACAAAUGUACAGGAUAACCGGCAACGUAAUUGUCUUCUACUUGGUGGGAGACUACAAAAUUAACUGUGAAAAUCAUAACGAAAAUCGAAGUUUAGCAACUUCAGAGAGAACAUUUGUCAAAGUUAAAAUUAUUCCAUAUGGUAACAAAGAAAAUGAAGAGGUUGACAAGCAGAAUAUCUCGGUAAGCACUGAAGUUGCGAAGGAAUCCUCAAGCAAAUAUCCUUACGCUAAAAUUGGCGUUAGCUUCCUGUUCGGCGCUGGGGUAGUUUGCGUAGGGGCCCUGCUCUACAGAAAAAGCCAAGAAGCAAAAAAUAAGAGGAAAGCCGGAACAACGUUAGCAGCCUCAAAAGGAACAAGAGGAGGAAGAUCGGGAGUUGGAGUGUCAACGCAUGCAACAUCAGGUUCAAAGACAAUUUUUGUAUUGAUUGUCCGGAUUAUUUAUGCUUCCAAAUCGUGUAAGGCAGAACCGGAUUUAGAAAUAUGGAAGCCUGGAGCGUCAAAAGGGUGGGGUUUCCCAAAUAACUUCAGAAAUCGAAGGACAAGGGCAACUUUUUUUGUCACAAAGUUAUUGGUGACCUGUUAUUCUGUUUAA